AUGAAUGGCUUCCAUGUUAGUCUAGGGACAGGUCGUCAUCUCAGCGAAUUGCCAUUGGGGGAAGUUCUCAUACCAACACUCAAGCACUGGUAUGUUUACCAGCUUGUCUACCCUCUCUCAGUGGGUAUGGUCAAGUUCAGUAUCUUGGCGCAGUACUAUCGCAUCUUUGCUCUCAAGAAAUUUCGAAAAGCCACCAUGGGAGUUGGACUCUUUGUCUUUGCCUACACUAUUAUUUGCAUUUUCGUCAAUGCCUUCGAAUGUCACACGAAACCCUGGCGCGCAUGGGAUCCAAGCUUCCCCAAAGGCUGUAACAAUCUCUCCAUGACAUAUUUCUCCACAGCAGGGAUCAAUAUCCUCACAGAUAUAGUAAUAUUGAUUAUGCCACUACCACUAAUCACCAAGCUCAACCUUCGCACCAGGCGAAAAUAUAUCGAAGUCACAGACGCACUUACCGCCAUUUUCAUGACCGGAACAUUCGCUUCCGUCGCCUCCAUCAUUCGCCUCAGCGCACUAUACAAAUACACAAUAACAAAAGACGUCUCCUACGAUGCGAUCCAAAUCCUCAUCUGGUCGCAGGUUGAAGUCAACGUCGCCAUUAUCUCUGCAUCUGCUCCCUCCCUACGUCCCUUGUUCAGCAAUACUUUCAAGGGCUCAUCCUAUGCCCGUUCUUACGGACAGACCCCACGCCAUGGCGCAUCUUGGACUCCACACGGCAAUGACACGGCGACCUCGCAGACUUUGCGGCCAGAGGACAAUACGGGCUUUGGGAUGUGGACGAACAGGGACGAGGAUGAGAGUGGACCUGUUGAUGGUUUGGGCUCGAGGAUGGCGUCAUCGCAUAAUGACAGGAAUAAUAGUCAGGAACUCAUUCUUGUGCCUGGAUCAAAUAUUAUGAAGACUGUUGUCAUCGAAAUGAAGAGCGAGAGGGGCGAUUGUGACUGA